AUGACUAGCGAACACCAAGUCAAACCUGUGACGGUUGAGAAACCUAUUCCAGUCAACUAUGAUUUGGGCAACCUUGCUGUGUUCGACCCUAAUCCUUUGGAAGCCUCGAAAAUCACAAAUGACAAAACAAAAAACGAUUACUUGAGAGACGUGACCAGAGAUAAUGUGCAACUGCUAAUCAACCAGGUGCUUUCGCUCCCAUUGAAAAAGACGAGCGACAACUCCAAUGGACAAAACUCGACAAUGACGCUGAUUCAGCUGCCUGAUCCGACUACACAGCUCCCUCGCGAAAAGAGCAUACCUAAGGCCAAAGAACCAACCAAAUGGGAAUUAUUUGCCGCCAAGAAAGGCAUCAAGAAGAAGGGCAAGGACGGAAAGCUUGUGUACGACGAGAGAACCGGCAAAUGGGUCAACAAAUGGGGCUACAAAGGAAAGAACAAGGAGGUCGAGUCGGACUGGCUGGUCGAGCUUGAUGACAAGAACGUGGGUACGGAAAAUGAGCUCAUUGAUCCGCGUACGUUGAGCAGAAUGGAGCGCAAAAAGCUGGUGAAAAAGAACGAGCUGCAGAUGAAGCGUAAUCGUGAGAAAAUUUAG